AUGUUGGUUCUUCAAGAAAAGGGCGUGGACGAACCAACCAGGGGACGGAACGCGCCGGAAAUUUCACGGGGACGUGUCUGGGCACACCUAUCGACGUGCCGUGGAUUGGCGAAGCUUGUUAUAUCGCAAGAUUGGUUCGAUUCCUUCGUCGUAGGGAUCAUCCUGGUGAAUUGCGUGUUCCUCGGUCUCGAUGACCCUACAGCGGAGACACCACCUUGGUGGCAGCUGGUUGCCGACAUAGUUUUUACGGCCUUGUUCACGUUGGAGAUGUCCCUCAAACUGGCGGCAUUGGGCCUCCAGUACUUCAUGGAUGCGUGGAACUGGCUUGACGCGAUCGUCGUGGCAGAGGGCAUAUUUUCUGUUUUCUUUGAUGGCGGACCCAGCAUGAAGAGCCUCCGAGUACUACGAGUGCUCCGGCCCCUGCGAACGGUCAGGCGAAUGCCUCGAGUGCAGGGGGAAACAUGCCAAGACUACGGUAGCAGCCCUUACUCGGGCAUGGUGAACUUCGACAAUCUCUUGUGGUCUCUACUUACCCUCUUCACUGUCACCACUCUGGAGGGGUGGCACGAGGUGAUGAUGUUCACGCAGCGGGUCAUGUCGGAGUACACCAUCUGGUUCUUCGUGUUUCUGAUUGUCACCGCCACGUGGGCAAUCAUGAGUCUCAUGAUCGCUGCGAUGCUGGCGAGGUUCAAGGCGGUCAGCUUGGCCGAGGGCCUCCGCCUGAUGCGGGAAAGAGCCGAGGCUAGGGCUGCAAGACAGGUGGAGGCACGCGGCAGGGCGAAGAAGGGGAAAGGAAUGCUAGGCACCGCCGCCGAGGGGGUGAAGGGGGUUGUGACCAAGGGUGGUGCGGAGGUUGGAGGCGCUAUCGCAAGGGGUGGGGGGGUGAUUGCCAGAGGUGGUGUGGACAUUUUGGCAGCGGGACCGAAUCUCGCGGCCGGUCUUAUCACCUCGCACGCUGAGAGCAAGCCGGAGGGCAAAACCGCAAGGUUAGUCCGACAGUCGACGGGACUGUGGCAAAGCAUCGUCUCGUAUGCUAGGCAUCCGCUGGUAGAAGAUCAAGUUCUCAGCGAAGAUUCGCUUUUCUCGCAGGCAUACCAUUGGGCAAUAAUUCUGAACGUGGUCGUUAUUGGGAUGGGCGGUCACAACAUCGGCGACAAGAAGGCCGCCGUGCUCCACGACAUGGAGACUGUGCUUACGAUAAUCUUUACGGUCGAGGUCGUGUUGAAGAACGUGGCCCUGGGAGCUGGGAGGUACUUCAAGUCCAGGUGGAACCGGUUCGACUUCUUUGUUUCCAUGUCGUCCCUUCUUCAUCUCAUCGUGACGACGCUGGUGGACGACCUGGCCGUGACCGCAUCGUUGCGCCUGCUGAACGUGCUUAGGGUGUUCCGGAUCCUGCGCAUGCGUCGCCUCAAACGCACCGUGGUCACAGUCGUCGGUGUCGUGAUCAAGUCGGCCCGCGACCUGUGGCCGGUGGUGGCUCUGAUGCUUCUCAUGUGCUUCGUUUUCACGGUGCUGGGGAUGCAGCUGUUUGGGGCCACUCUCGAUCCCGGCCUAGAGGAGUUCGCGGCCCACUCGUACGCACACAAAACUCGAUUCGACACCUUCUUCUGGUCGUUUGUGCAGGUCUUCACUGUGAUCGCUGGGGACAGCUGGAACACCAUAAUGUACCGGACCAUGGAGAACACCACCGCCGUCUCUGCCUUGUUCUUCGUCGCCCUGGUUGUGCUGGGAGAGUCGGUGUUGCUCAAUCUUGUUCUUGCGGUUGUCCUGGAGGGGGCGAGCGACCAGAUGAAGGAGAAGCACGCCGCGCAGCAGUUUCGCGACAACACCCUCAGACUCUUCCAUAACCAGUACAAGCGUCUCGCGAUGCGACGGUGGAGCGCGAAACUCCGGGCCGAGGCCAUGCUAGAGCGAGGCCAAGUACUGGUCCUCCCAGGAAACACAGCCGAGAAGCUUGGUCUCGAGGACUUCCCCAAACCAACACAGUAUCGACCCGGUCGCCCCUCUUCCUCUUCUUCGUCUUCCGCUAUUUUUGAUGUUGCCGCGUUCCCCGUUUCCGACACCUCUGCAUCACCCCGCAACGGGAGUCUAGUUCGGUCUCGCCGGGAAGGCCAUGCUCUGCGGGCCCCUCCGCCGCCGAGUGAGGCUGCUGCCGCAGCCCAUGCUGCCGGCGCCCAGGAGGGAGCGGCAGACAUUAGUGGCACUCGUCACGGCGUCAGUGACGGUGACGGAAGUGACGAUAACCGACUGGUUCGCCGAGAUACUUCUUCCCCAAAGGCAGAGGCCGAUAGACAUAUGGCAUCACCAAACGAAUUCGACAGGCAGAUGACCCCGCCGGCCGAAUUCGACAGAGUUUGGGACACGGGUUGGCAACGGGAGCGGAGGAAGAAGAGUGCCCACGGCCAUACAGGAUGCGAACCUCGCAGCAGAGGCAACAGCGUGGGAGGGGACCAGGAGAAAGGGAUGUCGGCAGGACGAGAGGAUUCCGCGGCUCAUUCUGCUGCCAGCGUCAGCGAAGGGCGCGCGCUAUCGGCAAGAAGUAAGGCAAUGGAAGACGAGCGACGCCUUAAACCUACCGCGGCUGAGGAGUUGAUGAGCUCACCAGAGGAGUUCGACAAAGUUUGGGGAAAGAGUUGGGAGCGGCAGUACAAGAGCAAGAAGAGCACCGGCCGUAGGCCCAGUGUCCCGUCGAGUGGCGCAGAAGACGAUGGGCACGGGGGCCAGAACACUAAACGAAAUACGACUGCAGCGGGGGGGAAAGAUGUUGGCUCUCCUGUUGAUGAGGAAGGAAACCGGCUGUUGGUGGCUGGUGAGGCUCUCGAGCACGACGAACACCCGGAGCGUGAUUCUGCAGACACGUUAAUGACCCCACCAAAGGAAUUCGACAAAGUUCGGGGAAAGAGUUGGGAGCGGCAGUACAAGGGUAAGAAGAGCCCCCGCCGUUGGCCCAGUGCCCCAUCGGGCAGUGAAGAAGAUGACGGGCACGGGACCCAGAACAUUGGACGAAACACGACUACAACGGGGGGAAAAUAUGUUGGCUCUCGUGUUGGCGAGGAAGGAAACCGGCUGUUGGUGGCUGGUGAGGCUCUCGAGCACGACGAACACCCGGGGUGUGACUCUGCCAAGACCGCGAUGACCCCGCAAGAUGAAUUCGACAGUGUUUGGGGAAGAAGUUGGGAGAGGCAACACAAGGGUAAGAAGAGCCGUCGGCCCGGUGCACCGCCGAGUGGUGCAGAAGACAACGGGCACGGGGCCCAGAAUAUUGGGCGAAAGGUUCCUACAGCGGGGGGCGGUGUUGUUCGUCCCCCUGUUGGCGAGGAAAGGAACCUGCUGAUGGUGGCUGGUGAGGCUCUCGUGCACGAUGAACGCCCGGAGCGUAGGAAUGCCGAGAAGUUGAUGACCCCGCCGGACGGGUUUGACAGUACUUGGCAGAAGGACUGGAAGCUUCCGAAGGCCCUGUAUGGGAUGUUCAGCGAGAUGAUGAUAAAGAAGGAGACGCCCAAGUGGUGGAAUGUUUUCGAUCGCAUCUUCGGCGCCCGCGUGGACAGGGCCACCUGGAUCCGGUGCGUGUUGUCGCUGUACGAGACAGAGGAUCUGUCUAGCGUGGCCGGAGUGUUGGACACGGUUUGCCUGGCGGCCUUUUGCGUGGAGCUCUGCCUCCGCGCUGGCGUGUACAGUUGGUGGGCAGGCCCCGACGCCGUCCUCAGGAACCCCUGGGUGCUCUUCGACGUGUACCUCGUCGUGUCUCACGGUGCUUGCACUUUCGCUACGAUCCUUGGGAUACAAGGGACGAACCGCGCCCAGAAGGUUGUGAAGUCAGCGCGCCCCUUACGUAUCAUCCAUCGUGUCAAGGUGAACACGCACAAGGAAGAACGUGGGGUUUCGACUGCCUUUUGA